CACAUGGUUUUGUUUACCUCAUUUAACCCAUGCCAUGUUUAAUGUUUUAAUAUUUACGUGUUUGUAAUUACACUUUAUUAACUUAAUAGCUAUCUAGUUCUUAAAUUUAAUUUAAAUUUGUUUAUAUAUUGUGUUACACUAUGGGUAGAUCAAUUAAACGACGGAGAAAUAUUAAAGCAAGAUCGGGUGGUAAAGAUACAAUAAAGUCAGCUGUCAAAAGUAAAAGUAGUGUUGCUGAAAUUCCUAUCGAGUUGGAAGUUGAUCAUAGCAAAUAUGAUUCUUCUAAUCCAUUGAUUCUUCCAUCAAAUAAAAAUGUUGAUGGUGUUAAAGACAGAAAAAGUGAUGUACAAUCCAAGAAAAAGCCGAAAAAAGUGCUGUCACUCAAGAAGAAAAAGAAGUUACAAAAAGUUUUGGAUAGAAAAAAGAGAAUCCAAGAUAGGUCUUCAAUUUUAGAUGAGCUAAAAAAACAUCAAUUGGAUACAAAAACUUAUAGUGCAAUGUCUUCAACUUCGAAUUUACAUACAAAAGGAUACAAAAGAAAUAUAGAUAUUGCAAGUUCACAGAUUGCUGAAGUUGAACUUUCUAAGAUAAAGACUUCAGCAAGAAAACGAAUGCGCAUCAACACCCUGGAAGAUGCUAAUAAAAAAGUAGGAAAUAAUGUCUUAGGAUUUGAUCGCUCUGAUGAUGAUUCAGAUGGAGAAGAAAAAGAAGAAGAAGAUGACGAUAACGAUGACGAAGGUCAUGGCGAAAACGAAGAAGAGGAAAUUAAGGAGGAAGAACCGGCAGAUGUAACUAACCAACUCAACUUGAAUGAUAAAGAAAAUUUAUCAACUGAACAAGAGAAAAACAAAGUGGUUGAGGUGUUAUCGAAAUGGGAACCAGAAGAAAAUUCAGUAGCUGAUGAAGUUGUUGAUAAAAGUGAAAAUGAAAAACCUAGUGAAUCUUCAAAAGUUCCUGAGGAACAACUAAAAACUGUAGAUAAAGAUGUAUCUAACAUUUCAAAGGAAGUUACCAUGAAACCUAGAUUUGUUUCUGUAAAUCGAGAUCCAGAAAUCCAAAAGAGCAGAGAGGGGCUUCCAAUAUAUAGUAAGGAAUGUGAAAUCAUGGAAACUAUCAAUGAUAAUGAUGUAACCAUUUUGUGCGGAGAAACUGGAUCAGGGAAGACAACUCAGAUUCCUCAAUUUCUCUACGAAGCUGGUUAUGCUAUUGACAGAAAGAUAGGAAUCACAGAACCUAGAAGAGUCGCCGCUAUUGCCAUGGCUAGUCGUGUUGGUCAUGAAAUGAACCUUUCCAGUGAUAUUGUUUCAUACCAAAUUAGAUUUGAAGGCAAUUGUACAGAUGAGACAAAAAUUAAGUUUAUGACGGAUGGUAUCUUGCUGAAAGAAAUUCAAAAGGAUUUCCUAUUAUCAGACUAUUCUGUUAUUAUCAUUGACGAAGCUCAUGAGAGAACAGUGUACUCAGACAUUCUGAUCGGACUUUUAUCUAGAAUAAUCAAGCUAAGAUCAAAGAAAAAUGAUCGUCUAAGACUAAUUAUCAUGUCAGCUACUUUGAGAAUCGAUGAUUUUAAGACCAAUCCAAAUUUAUUCAAAACUGAACCUCCUGUUAUAAAUAUCGAAGUAAGACAAUAUCCAAUCAAUGUUUACCACAACAAGGUAACACCAGAAGAUUAUAUUCACGCAGCAUAUUCUAAAGUUUGUAAGAUACACAAAAAUAUGCCUAAAAGAGGAGGAAUAUUAGUUUUUCUGACUGGUCAACAAGAAGUUUUAACGUUAUGUCGGAAAUUACGCCAAACAUUUCCUUUUAAUGAAAAUUCGUUAGCAAAACAAAAGGAGAAGGAAGAGGAAAAAGAAAUACAAAGAGUAUCAAGAAAAGAGGCCAAGAAACUUCGUAAAACUAAACCUAAAACAUUAGGUGAUAUUAUGCCUCAGAUUGAUUUAAAUGCAUUUGGUGAUGAAAUCGAUUUGGCAGAUGAUGUAUCAGAUGAGGAUGGAAAUAACGAAUCUUCUGAUGAGGACGAUGACAAUGUUGUUUCUUGUAGUGAUCCUCUUUAUUGUUUACCACUUUUUUCGCAUCUCAAUGAAAAAAGGCAACGUCUGAUUUUUGAAAAGCCUCCUGAAGGGGUUAGACUUUGUGUAGUCGCUACAAAUAUUGCAGAAACGUCUUUAACAAUACCGAACAUUGAAUAUGUUAUUGAUACUGGAAAGGUUAAAAUGAAAUAUUAUGACCAAACUACUGGUAUUUCAACGUUUUUAAUUGACUGGAUUUCUCAAUCAUCUGCUGAUCAAAGAGCUGGGCGUUCAGGAAGAACGGGUAAAGGACAUUGUUAUAGGUUAUAUUCAUCAGCUGUCUACAAUGAUUUCAAAAAAUUUUCUGAUGCGGAAAUAGUUCGGAAACCAAUAGAUGAUCUUGUUUUACAGAUGAAGUCGAUGAAUAUCGACAAUGUAGCAAAUUUUCCUUUCCCAACACCACCAUCUUCAGAAAGUAUCCUUGCAGCUGAAAAAAGACUGGUCUUGCUAGGCGCUCUAAAAGAAACAAAAGUGUGUGAAGCUAAAAUUGACAAAGCAAAAAAUAAAACUCAAGCUAAAACUGUCGCAAGAAUCACUCCUCUCGGGCGAACAAUCUCUCUCUUACCGUUAAGCCCUAGAUUUGCUAAGAUGAUUAUUUUAGCAUCGAAACAAAAUCUUAUUUCUUAUUCGAUUUCAAUCGUUUCUGCUUUGACUGUCCAAGAAAUAUUUGUUUCUCAAAGCUCGGUUGACCAAAUAAAUGAAGAUGGAACCAAAAAAGUAUACAAAGAUAGACUUUCAAUCAUCCGUAAAAAAUGGGCUGGAAUCGGUAAUAGUUUAUUAUUAGGUGAUAUGAUGAUUUUUCUAUGUGCAAUUGGUGCUUGGGAACAUGUUGAUUGUAUUCCUGCCUUUUGUAGUAAAUAUGGACUUCGUUUGAAGGCAAUGAAUGAAAUACGUAAAUUAAGAAUACAACUGUUGAAAGAAACUUCGACUAUUUUCCCUCAAUUAGGAUUAUCAACAGAUCUGAAGAUGUUGCCUCCAACUGACGGUCAAGCAAAAGCACUCAGACAAAUUUUACUUUCAGGUCUUUUUGAUCAUGUUGCAAGAAUCAUGCCAGACGAUGAAAAAGACAAUGAAAAUCGUAGAAUAUUAAAAAACGCAUAUAAAAGUAUCGAAGUUGAACAACCUGUCUAUAUCUCUAAUGAUUCAGUUCUGAAUGAUGUAAAACCAGAAUGGAUUGUCUAUCAAGAAAUUUAUGAAACACAGAAACUUUAUAUGAGAAAUGUUGUAGCUAUUGAGCCAGAAUGGAUACCAAUUUAUGCACCUAAUAUGUGUACAUUUUCCAAGCCAAUGAAUGACCCUCCACCUCGCUAUGACUCCGAAGCAGAUUGUGUUAAAUGUACUGUUAACUGUAACUUCGGUCCUUACAACUGGAUUUUGCCAGAUACAGAAAUCGAGUUUCCAGAAUCAAUUGACAAAUAUCGUUGGUUUACAAGAUUUCUUCUUGAAGGUUUAGUUAUCGAUUAUUUUAUAUCUAAACGUUCAUCUUUGCUAUCAACACCAGCUAUCAUGCAAAAAUCAUGGGCCAAGUUACAAAAAAGAACAGAAUUUAUCUUAAACAGUCUAGCCAAUCACAGAAUCUGUUCUAAAAAAUCUCUCAUUGCGAAGUGGAAUGAAGACCCGAAAUAUCUCUUGACGGAAUUUUUGAAAUGGAUACCUGAAGCUCUUCAUUUUGAAAUACAGUCUGAAUGGCCUCCGUUAGAAAAAUCCACGUAAAACGUUAUUUUUGUAUUUUAUAUGAAUAAAACACUGUAUAAAAAAGACUUGUGAAUUGGUUCAUUAUAUGAUCUGUCAAUUCUGAUUAAACAAUUUAACACAAAA